UGAUAACAUGAACACUGAUAACACAGUGCCGUUUAGUAUUAUUUGGUGCUUUUCGAACAGUUAGCGGCGUCAACAUCAUCAUUUGAAUUUAUGUAUAACGAUCAUGAUGAAUCAUAGUAUGGAAUCUAAAUUUUUCAAUAAUACUGAGGAAAAUGAUGAAACUGAUAAUUAUAUUACAUGUCCAUUAUUGCAAUUAAAAUUUGCUAGACAAAGAAAACCAAUUACUAGCCGUUUGGGACAAAAAGGUAGAUCAUUAAAACACAUAUCUGACAAUAGAAGUUUAUUUGAAAAUAAAACAGCUGAAGCAGAUUUAGGAGGUUCAUUUAAAGUAUGCACACCUGAAAAUUUAGUUCAUGGGCUUGAAAAACUUGAUUUAGUUCAUGAUACUCCAUUUGUCCGUCCAGCAAUAAAAACUCAAAAUGAUAGUGGUAUAGCAACUCCUACACUUACUAACUUGUGUAAAAAUAAUAAUUAUAGCUCAUAUAGUAGACCUAAUCUUUCACUGAGUACUAAAAGAACAUUAUACAGCAAUAAAGAAAAUAUACCAGAACAAAUUGAAGAAGAAGUGAAAACAUCAGAAACUCAAAAAUGUUCUUAUAGUAAUACUAGUACAAUAUCUUGUUCACAAACAGUAAAAGAAAAUUUAAAUGAAAUUGAAAAUCAUUCUUUAAUCAAUCAGAAAGAUGAGACAUGUUUUAUUUCACCUGAAACAUCAAGAUACAAUCAUGAUACUAGUUUGUAUCACAGUAUUAGAGAGACAACUGCCAUUCCAAGUUCAUCAUUUUUAUCUAUGUCUACAAAUCAAUCCGCUAACUCAAAAAUUGAUUCUUCUUUAUUGAAUAAGCAGUUAGGAUGCCAACCUUUAGAAGGAAAAUCAAAUCAUGUUACUCUUGAACUGUCUCCUGCUGCUAAACAUAACAAUUUUGUAGUUAAUGUUCGAUCACCUGUUCACCCUACUACAGUUGAAUUUGUUCAAGAUGGAGAAUUUAAACGACCAGUUAAUUCAUCUGGAAAUGUGUGUAUUAAAUGUGCCAGUGAAAACUUUAUAUCAGUUAAAGGAGUUAACUAUAGUAUACUUAAUACACUUGGUCAUGGUGGAUCAAGUAUUGUGUAUGAGGUUUUACAUCCCCACACUAAUCAUGUAGUUGCAAUUAAAAAAGUAGAUUUGUCUGAAGUUGAAGAUAUUAUAGCUGAAGGUUAUUUAAAUGAAGUUACUUUGUUACAAAAUCUCCAGGAUGGUGAAAGCGUGAUACGUCUUUUUGACAGUCAAUAUACUAAAAAAGAAAAAAUACUAUAUAUGGUUAUGGAAAAAGGUGAUACAGAUCUUUCUAAACUCAUUCGCAAUACAAAGCACAUGUCAAUACACAUGAUAAUGUACUAUUGGUCAGAAAUGUUGUUUAUUGUUAAUGAAAUUCAUGCUAAAGGUGUUAUACACUCAGAUCUUAAACCAGCAAAUUUCCUUUUAGUCAGUGGUCGUUUAAAAUUGAUUGAUUUUGGUAUAGCAUCAAAAAUACAAGGAGAUAUGACAAGUGUAUUGAAAGAUGUGACUACAGGAACUUGGAAUUACAUGAGCCCAGAAUGUAUAAGAAGUGGAGGUUCAAAUUUCCAAGGGCAUAAAAUAAACCAAAAAUCAGAUGUGUGGUCACUUGGAUGUAUAUUAUAUAGCCUGAUCUAUGGGAAGACUCCAUAUUCACAUUUGACUAGUACUUGGCAAAAAUUGCAAGCUAUUGCUGAAUCUAAGCAAAAUAUCAGUUUCCCAAGUCAUAGUAAAAUAUUUACUAAAGGUAUACCACCCGUACUUAUGCAAACAAUGAAAAUAUGUUUGAUAAAAGAUGUUAAAUCCAGACCUAAUGUUGUGGAUUUGUUGAGGCUUAUUGAAAAUACAGUAUUCAAACCUACAACAUAA